GAUUAGGCCUUCGUGACAUAUAUUUGGAGUGUUGGCAUGUUGGCUGACGGUGUGAAAUGGAAAUUAGAGAACAGUUUGGGCUCCUAAUCACAAGGCUUGAACUGAGAGGGGUGUACAAGCUUAUCCAUCUUACCAAGGACUUAUCAAGAAAUACAUACAGUGAGAGGCGAAUUAUAACUGCACUGGGCCCGAACCUGCUGAUGAGUUCUGAGAAAAGAAAACGGACGAACGAGUUUUUUUAGGUUACGUCCUGUCGACUGAUUCAAAUGUAAACAAUCUCAGAGGUGUUGGAUGACAUGGGGUGAUGUAACGACACAAGGAAAAUGAAUCCUCCCGACAGAAUAGAAUUCCUUAAAUCAACGAUUUAUCAUCUGCAACAGGGCAGCUUGGUUGAAGCGAAAGGAUCACUGCAAAAAAAUCAUCGGUAUUUCCAAGACUUGACGCCAUGUGAGUUUUCAAAACCCAGUUUACAAGAGAUAGAGGUAGUAAAUAGGGCAGAGGAAAUAUCGAUAGAGAAUGUGGCGUGGAGUAUUCGAACUGGAGCAAUUUUGUUGCCCCAAACGUCUCCCAAGAGCAACUUCUUUGUCCGCUUUGCCAAUGUCGUUGGUGCUGUAGCUUUGAUCACGAUUUGUGUUGAUAUGGCUGAGAAAGUACUUGAGCAGUUAAAAGAGUACAUUGAACAAACCGAAGAAUCAGUUAUUAGCCUUGGAGUUGCCCUUAAUAACUUGGGUUGCGUGUAUAUAAUCAAAGGAAGUUUUCAAAAAGCAAAAGUUAGUCUUCAAAAAGCUCUUGAGGUUGUCAAAAAUGGAAAACAGUGUGUAACUGCUGAGGAGACAAUCGUAACAAUAGGUAAUAACAUACGACUAGUGUAUCAGGCUCAGAGGAGCCAUACAGCUGACUUGCAAUUGAAAAAUUAUCUCCUUUCUAAUGUGAGUCGCUUUGCCAUACAACCAAGAAUCAUUGCAGUCGUUGACUACAAUGAAGCCCUAACCUCUAUGGAUAACAGAAAUCUUAGAAAAGCUUUGGACGAACUGGAAAACUUGAAAACAUUUUGUGAAACAGAAUUAGACCAAAGUAAGGGAGUGUUAACUUGCAUUUUGCUAAAAAUGCGUUUAGUUCGUUUGAUGCUACAAGCCUCUAGUGGAACCACCACAGUUAUUGAUACUAAGAUUUCGACCUUGCAAGGACUGAAGGAACUUGUUGAUGUUAGUGCAAACUUUUCCCUAGACUCGUUAGUCGCGAUUGUGGAGGCUGUGGCCGACAUUCACCUGUAUAAAGGUAAUCUUGACCUUGUUUGUAGCUAUUUCUCGUAUCUUGAGCCGGUUGUUGGUAAACGAUGUGGUGUGGAUCAUCCAACACGUGCUUCCAUUCUGUCGAUGCAAGGACUUGUUUUCCUCCACUUGGAAAACGUUGCACGCUCCAGGCAAUGUUUCACCGAUGCAUUAGAGAUUUUCACCAGAGCUUUUGGUUCUGUUCACCCUGAUGUUCUCAAAUGCAAUGCAGGUCUUGCGAGGCUGGAAUCGCUGGCUGGAUCUGAAGAAAAAUCUUUAAUACAUAGUCAGAGAGUUCUGGAAAAUGUAGAAAGGAUUUGCCAGGUAUCACUUGAGGGUCAUCUGAAGCCAAAAGUCUUAGAAUUGUUUCAGAGAGGCGGAAGAAAACUUUCUCCUGACACAAAUAGUGAAGAGCAAGUAAAAUUUGAAUGUCUGGUUUCCGAGUUUGGGGUGGAAAUAGCCAGAGUUCUCAACCAGCAUCAACCGGGUGAUCUUGACGAUUGUCCAGGAAUACUUUCAGGUAGUGAGGAUUGUGGGGAUUCCUUCGUCUAUCACCUUAUUGCCGAGGACCUCUAUGCAAAGCUGUGUUUUAACUGGUUGAAAGCUGGUCUUUGUUUGUUUAAUCUUGGAGCUAAACAAAGUGUCGCUUUUCUCUUUCUCUCGUGUACAUAUGCAAGUAUGCUUUAUGAUCAUUUUGAUUGUUCUGAAGUCAUUUUGCUGAAAGUAAUUUUUGUAGUGUGUCAUCUAAAAUCCAGGACGAGUCAAACCUUCCCGGAAGUUCAAGGGAGAUUGAAAACUGAAUUCGGACGAUUGAAGAACUUCAUCGAGGGAAAAGCGAAGAGAGUUGAUAAACCGGAAAGCAAAACUUUAUUUUUUGACGAAACUACAAACUUGAUGAUUGGUCUAGCAGUAAUCCUUCAGUCGUUUGUAGAAAUGGAAAUGUACGAGAUGAUAGACGCUGUGCAUGGUUUAUUUUCUUCUCUGUCAAACAAAGAAUCCCCGCAGGUAACUCAUGCAUUGCUCGUUAGAGAACUUCGGUUUGCCAUUUUUAGUUCGAAUAUACAAUGCCUUGGCAAGAAGUUCAUGCAUAAUCUGAUUUUCUUGACGCCUUUUGAGGCGAUGUACAAUCGAAAAAUCACCUACAAAAACGAUGAAGAUGCUCCCAGUAACUUUCAAAGCAAGGAAACUACAAAAUUUCCACAUAAAGAAGACAACUCGGGAGAAAGGAGAUCGAGGAAAAAUUUCAAAACUUCGGUGCUCAAAACUGAUAAUACUCAGUGCAAAGGACCUUGCGGAUUUCUCGUGAAGUGUCCAAUAUCUCAGGGAGUUGAUAUCUCAGCACUAAAUGAAAUAAAAGUGAGGAGUGUGAAUGCAGUAAAAGACAUUCUGCCCCAUUUGAUCUUAUGCAGUCAUCAAAAUAUAGAAUUAGCAGCACAAUAUUUCAUAGAAUUGGGACUCCUAGACUCUGCGGAGACCUCUCUUUCUGAGCUUUCUGGUCAUUUUUCCCUUUUGCCACUCAUGCUAUCGGCAGCCAAGGAUGGUUCAGAAUUUGAAAGGCAAUCUCCGAUACUCGUCAACACAGAGAACACUUGUGAAGGAAGCCUAGCAUUUAUCUUGCAAGACAAAGUAAUUGCGGAGAUUUUAUUCGGAAAGCUUUUGAAGCAAAUUUUAACAAAUGAGUAUGAGCUUGGUGAGGUUGUAGACAUGGUGGUCAAAGAAAGUCAACUCGUGUUGAGAAUCCAAGGUCCAAUCAUUGGGCAAAUCGUAAUGCAGUGCCAUGAAGACACAAUUAAAGUGAAAACCCAGUUGGUUCACUUUUCUCAAAGCCGUAGAAAAGUUGAGAUUGUCCGAGAAGAAGUUCCACAGUGCAAUUGCUCUCUCAUUGAGAUGGUCAUCGCUGACAAAAUGGAAAAAUGUGCCCGUAGCUUUGGCAUUAAUUUCGAGACACAAAUUGACAAAGCCUGGUGUACUGAGUCACAUCUGCAUGGAAACGCAAGGGAUAUUUCAACGAGAGAGUGCCAGAUGCUGCAGCAUGAAGCCGAACGUCCAGACCGUAUUUCUACUCUUCCGACCUUACCUCUCAGACAGUCAUUUAUGUCGGAAUCAUGGACACAAACAGAUUCUUUGAGUAUUCCCUCGACAACUGACCUUAGUACCCAAACAGAUCUCAGUGACUCUGACCAGUCUGAAAAUGUGGUGGAGCCUACGUCAUCAUCCAGUGAAGUAAGUACGUCAUCAUCAUUACCUACAUCGUCAUCGUCAUCAUCAUCCUCAUCGUCAUCAUCAUCCUCAUCGUCAUCAUCAUCCUCAUCAUCAUCAUCAUCCUCAUCAUCAUCAUCCUCGGGUGAAGAAAGUGCUGAUGAAGUCUCCAGAAUACCAAGAUCAGAACCAGGAGAGACAGGAUCUGCUGAAUCACCUUUUCAAGAGGAAGCCGCUACCGCCACCAAUUAUUGCAAUGAUGCCUCAGAUGAAAACCGACGAAUUAAAGAACGUAAAGUCGAUUCAAAGUCGCUUAAGGUUUCUCAGGAGAGUAAAAACAAGAAUGAAGGGGAUCUAUCAGGAACAAGUCACAACACAAAGCAUGGGAUGAUUCUAGGCUUAAGGGGUGGAGGACAAGAUCCAUCUUUCUCUGACAGCGGCCCAAGUUACGAGAAUCUCGAUUCGGUUACCGACUGGAACGAUAAAGACGCAAAGUCUGAGAAGUUUCCACCAAGAGGAGGUGAUAUGAAAAACAUCAUCGAUGAAAAAGAAUCAACCUUUUUCGGUAUAAAGCCUUGCUUCCUUGCUCGUCAUACAGAUGACAGUAGCAUGACCACUCCUAUCGAUGACAUGUGGAAUAUAGCAGAAAACGCCAAUGAAGGGUCUUCCAAAACCUUCUCAAGGCAUCAUGGACCGUCUUCUUUCUCUUACGAGCAAGCCUAUCAAGGUAUUUACCCCUGUCAAGCUCCAUCGUUUCAUUUUGAAAAUUCAAAGGUAUUUGCUGACCCACAAGGUCCAAAUCCUCUUGGCUCCUUCUGUCCUGACCCUGCAGUUUUGGAUCUACCAGUACCUACUCGCCCUUUACUUUCUCCUCCCUGCAACGGAUCUGAGCAUGUCCAAACCCUUUCCAGUGAUGACCCGGGAAUUGUAGUGGUAACUCCGCAUGCUGUAGUCAAUGAUAACGCGCUGUUGGCCCAGACUCCCUCUUUUCCGCAACAGAGAAAAGUCAAGAAUCAAUGUAUUGAGCCUGAAGUACAACGGGAGAGAAACUGUGACUUUAAAGCGAUGAAUGAAAAUCCUGCACGUGUAUCUAACACUACCUCAAUUGCACAAAGCUUGGUCCCUCCUGAAAUGGAAAUCUCUGCUCUACCACAAGGAGUCAUGAACAGAAAUCUGACAUGGGAAACAAGAACAUUUGCAGAUCAGGACACGGCUAACCAAGGGCCACUGGGUGUCUUGAACGAUGGUUCGUCACACUCAAGUAAUGAUUCCCUAGCUGACUUGGAGCAAAGAGUGGCCGAAACUUGUACCUUUGUCGAAAAAACCUUGAAAGAAAGGGAAAUAAAAGAAAAGGCGAUGAAGGAGAAAGAGCGAAGAAAAAAAGAAGAACGAGCCAGGAAAGAGCAACAAGCACGUGAAAGAAGAGAGAGGGAGGCAAGUGAAGCAAGACAAACGGAAUGCAGGAAUAGCAGAGAAGAAGCCAGAGACCCGACAAGCGAUGGAGGAGAAACACCCUCUCAAAACUCGGCUGGCGUUGGGAGUCAACAAUGGCUGUGUGAACAUUAUCAGCGGCUUUGUCGUGUCAAGUUCCCAUGCUGUGGAAAGUUCUUUCCUUGUCAUCGUUGCCAUAACAACUCUGGGUGUCCAAAUGAUAAUUCCAAAGCAAGAGAGGGAUACUUUGUCGAGUGCUCUGUUUGUAGCCAUCAACAAGAGAUCAACCAGGAUGCCCACACCUGUGCCAGAUGUAAAACAAAGUUCUCGGCAUAUUUCUGCUCUGUAUGUAAACACUUCACAAGCACAGACAAAAAUCCAUAUCACUGCACAAAAUGUGGUAUCUGCCGCAUCUACAAGGACCGUUCCUUCCACUGUGAUGUGUGUAACGUCUGUCUGGACAAAAGGCUGGAAGGCAGACAUUCUUGCCGAGAAAAUUCAGGACAUGAUGAGUGCUGCAUCUGUUUAGAGGACGCAUUUAGCGGUUGUCAAAUUCUGCCAUGCUCACACAAGGUUCACAGAGAGUGUGCAAUUGCAAUGGUACAAAACGGCGUUCGCAGCUGCCCAAUCUGCCGUCAUCCUCUAUACAGUUAGAGAGGUGGCAAUGAGUGAUUGACAGCCUCUUUCUCAGGCCCCUCUCUUCUUCUUUUGAGAAAUCGUGAGCAUUUACAAGGAAUAGUCUUUAUGAAAUUUUCUGUUUUUAAUUACCGUUCACAUUGAGGAUAUGUGGUCUGGUCACUCAGGUGAGAGUAGUUCUGGGAAGGACUGUUGGCGGUAGUAUAAACUAACGUUUUGACAACCGGAACUCAUCAUCAGAGUCGGCUAACGCUUUGAUUGUCAAAAUGUCAGUAAUAACUACUCAGCACCUCUCUGACCCGGACUAUCAGCCUUCAUAUUUUACUCCCGACCGGGUUCUAAUCCAUUUAUUGUCUAGCCUUUAUUUAAUUGGACUGAUGAGCACCUUUUUAUAUUGGUUAACGUUUGACAUUUCUAAAAAGAAUGAAAAUAGUAUGUGUAGGCUUAACAGGAGCAGGUGAUUUAGGAUCCCAAUACUCAAAUUCAAAAUGCUACCGCCAGUUGUCAAAUAAGGACGUUUUUUAUUAUCAACCCUUAGAUAAGUGAGGGAAAACAUUUUGUCGAUUUCGAUCUUGUUUUUUAAAUAAAGAAAGUCUGGUUUAAGAAUUC